CCGGUGUCCUCGUAGACCCAAUUGCCUAGGCCAUUGCACUCUCUCAUUCCAUUUCCUCUACUUUCCUUCCUCAAUACAAAAUGGAUUCAGCAGUAUCCGAGACCCAGAUGACUCCUACCCAAGUCUCGGACGAGCAGGCACACCUCUUCGCCAUGCAGCUGGCGACUGCUUCCGUUCUCCCUGCAGUCCUCACAGCCGCCAUCGAGCUCGACCUCCUUGAGAUCAUGGCCAGGGCCGGGCCAGGCGCCUACCUUACCCCUGGGGAAGUUGCGUCCCAGCUCCCGACCCAGAACCCCGAUGCCCCGGUCAUGCUCGACCGGAUCUUCCGGCUGCUAGCCAGCUAUUCUGUGCUCACGUGCACCCUCCGCGACCUCCCCGAAGGCAAGGUUGAGCGGCUCUAUGGUUUAGCUCCAUUGUGCAAGUUCUUGGUCAAGAACGAGGAUGGGGUCUCUAUUGCCUCACUUGGAUUGAUCAACCAGGAUAGAGUCUUCUUGGAAAGCUGGUACUACUUGAAAGAUGCGAUUCUCGAAGGCGGAAUCCCGUUCCACAAGGCACACGGGAUGACCGCAUUUGACUAUCCAGGCAUCGACCCGCGUUUCAACAAGAUCUUCAAUCGGGCAAUGUCUGAUCAUUCCACCAUUAUGAUGAAGAAGAUACUAGAAACAUACAAUGGCUUCGAGGGCCUCAAGACGGUGGUCGAUGUCGGAGGCGGCACUGGGGCCAUGCUCAACAUGAUCGUAGCCAAAUACCCGUCGAUUAAAGGCAUCAACUUUGACUUGCCUCACGUGAUUGAAGAUGCUCCGUCCUAUCGUGGUGUCGAGCACGUUGGAGGCGACAUGUUCGUCAACAUUCCAAAUGGAGAUGCCGUUUUCAUGAAGUGGAUAUGCCAUAAUUGGAGCGAUGAACAUUGCGCAAAGCUCCUCAAGAACUGCUACGAUGUGCUUCCGGUAAAUGGGAGGGUGAUCGUUGCAGAAUACAUACUCCCCGUGUACCCGGACCGGAGCCUAUCGACAAAGGGAGCGAUCCACAUGGACUGCAUCAUGUUAACCCACUUCUCGGGCGGGAAAGAGAGGACGGAGAAGGAGUUUGAGGCUUUGGCCAAAGGGGCGGGGUUUCAGGACUUCCAAGUCACGUGUCACGCUUUCAACACUUCCAUCAUGGAGUUCUUGAAGACCGCUUGAACUAUGCUCUUCUAGGCGGUGAUAUUCACGGUUCCUCGGAUUCGAUAGGUCGCAAAUGAGCCUUUUAACGCAAUUGGCGUUCGAUUCAGUGUUCUAAG